AUGUUCUCAACUUUCAAAGCGCUCCGACAUGACAACCCUCUUGGCCUUCCACGCUCUGGAACCCCUCCUACUCUCAAGAGUCGCCGAGGCCUUCCACAAAAACGCAAGAUUCGCGAUGUUAAGAAAGUGAUCGCGGUCUCGUCGGCAAAGGGUGGCGUGGGCAAAUCAACAGUUGCCGUUAAUCUUGCCCUCUCUUUCGCACGAAAGGGAAUCCGAACAGGCAUUCUCGACACGGACAUCUUCGGUCCAUCCAUCCCGACCCUUCUGAAUCUUUCAGGCGAGCCUCGUCUCGAUGAAAUUGACGGUAUUAUACAGACAACUGCCUCCUCCCCCCUCACAAACUAUGGCCUCAAGUCCAUGUCAAUGGGCUACCUCCUUCCGCAAACCCAAACCGACUCCGCAACAGGAGAAGUACCAAUGGACACGACACCAAUCUCCUGGCGUGGCCUCAUGGUAACCAAAGCCAUGCACCAAUUACUACACUCCGUCUCAUGGGGACCGCUGGACGUUCUCGUCCUAGAUCUUCCUCCGGGCACAGGGGAUGUCCAAUUAACCAUUAAUCAAGAAGUCAUCAUCGACGGCUCCGUGAUCGUCACAACACCACAGGACAUCGCACUUCGCGAUGCUGUCCGCGGCUUCGGCAUGUUCCAGCGCAUGGAUGUUCCCGUGUUAGGCAUGGUUCGCAACAUGGCCUAUUUCGCCUGUCCCAAUUGUGGACACGAGACUCGCAUUUUCUCUCACGGGGAUGGGGACCACUCCCAUGGGGAAGACCGAGGUGUCAUGGCUGAAUGCAAGAGGCUUGGUGUUGACUUCCUUGGCGAUAUCCCACUUGAUGCUCGGGUUUGCGAAGAUGCGGACCGUGGAAUGCCCACGGUGGUGGCUGAGGAGACUGCGGAUCGGAGUGCCCGCCGUCAGGCAUUCCUGAGUGUCGCUGAGCAAGUCGCCCGUAAGAUUGGCCUGGACUGGCAUUAA